AUGAACGUUUUCAUCCACGUCGGAACUGACCCAUGUUGCAGCUGCAUGGUCAUCCUACCUGAGGAGAUGGCGCUAACUACACUGUUUAAAUUCCUGAUCUUAUCGCUGUUAUCGUCGUUCAUCAUUUCCAUCAUCAAUUAUUACCAGACGGUCACAGUCCUCGACCCGUCUAUCAAUUUAUCAGGUGGUGGCGCCGACGAGUGGGACGAAAAUGACCUGCGGAAGUCGCCAUCGGGCGAAGCGAUCGGUGGUCGCAUCACGGAGACCCGCGGUCGAUUAUCUGACUGUACCCCGGCCGACAUCCGUGCUCGGAGACCCGGUGUCAUGAUACUCGCCACGACCAACACCGCCUUCCUGGACAUGACCCUGAACAUGUUGGAGAGCAUCCGACGGAUCAGGCUGUGCGUGAACACCACCAUCAUCGCCGAGGACCGGAGGGUGUACGAGUACCUGCACCAAUUGCUCCAAGACGACCCAGGAAUACACGUGCGCAUGACCAACUCUGGAGAAACGGGAGGGACGGAACUCACCAUUCACAAUCGCCACGGGUACUAUGGACUCUGCAACAAACGCCAGGCCUACAUCCUUACCCUGCUGGAACAGGGCUUGGAGGUACUGUUUACUGACACCGACACUUAUUGGUUCGGAGAUCCCCUUCCUUACUUCCACGGGGAGUUUGACAUGUACAUGGUCGACUUGGACGCUCAGGAAACCAACCGUCCGCCCAACAGCCCACCGAGGGUGAAUUUCUGUGCCGGUUUCGUCCAUUUUAAGCCGACGAAGGCGACGCUCCAGUUCGUCAAAGCGUGGAUUCGGCAAAUGGCCGCCAAUCGAGACGCCAAUCGAGACGGGGGGCAUACUAUACCCGAUCAAGUGUUCAUGAAUAAUCUAAUUCGUGACGGCAAACCUGUUCAAGUCAAGGUUAAGUCCCUAGACAGCAAUCUCUUCCCGUGGGGAGCCGGGUUUUACGCAUCGCUGGCCCAAAACAAGAACCACUCGGCAGUAGUGAUGCACGCUGCAGCUAUCCACGGACACAAGGCCAAAGUGGACAGAUUCCGGGAAGCAGGGAUGUGGCUGGUCAAUGACACGAGUGAGGGUUUGAUUGACAAAUGGGUGGUUUAAGGUGUUAUUUUGUUGGCAUGUGGGGUGGGGUGUCUAGCCUAUAACUAGUGUAUCCAGUCAAAAUGUUCCAAUCUCAAUUGCUAAAUGUCGACUUUUGCUAUUUUAAGGCAAUGUUCUCCACUGUAGAAAUGUCCUUUUUUCCCUCACUUAAUUUUGUAGAGGUUAGAACAGUUGUAUGCAUAUAUUUUUUAAGUACGGGGCCUUUAUAACUGUGUUCGUUUUUGCACACUUUGAGUUGAACUUAUUUCUCUUCGUUUUUUAUUAGCAAACAUGUGGCAGUCUGCAUUUGAUCGCUUGGUUUGGGGCUCAACGUCCCCCAUGAUGAAUU